CCAGUUCUAACGUCUCUAAAAUACAACUGUCAUGACAAUAUACAAAGCGUAUUUCUUUAAAUAAAAUAAGAAUAAAAUUCCCAAUAUUUCACAACACCUACUCAACAUGGCACUUAAUUUAAAAUGUGUCUUCUGUCAGAAAUAUGACGAGAGUUUGAUAUUAUUCACGGACGAAACAUUGAAGAAAUGUCGAGUGAUAUUAAAGCAUAGGAAGAUACAUAAUUUGAAGUACAAAGAUGUUAUGCUACCAACAAAUGCUUUGGAAGCUGGUUUCCACCGACGCUGUUACAAAUCUUUCACGGGCUUAGUGACAAAAUCUUCUUCGGGAAAAGUGGGAGCGGCUCGAAGAUCUCGGUCUAGGUCCAGACAAAGAGUAUUUCUAUUGAACAGAGCUGAGAAUCCAGCUGCCGUACCCGCUCGGCCUGAACCGUACCCGCUUCCUGUUUCCACAACUAUUAAAAAGCAACAGCCUAUUGUUCAACUCGACUCUUCUUCGAGUGCAGCAUCUAUUUCUACAGUCGGCAAUAUGUCUAUAGACUUUAUCUUGAGUUACGCUACUAUACCUACAGAGAGUGCUACCUCUUUCUCAUCUACUGCUACCAGCCUAGGAUCUCUGUCAACAGUAAAAAUAAAAAAAUGGCAAGGGCCUCCAUCCGGAACCACGCCGAUACCCCCAAUGCCCGCUAUACCCCCCGGAGCUCCUACCCCCCCUGCACCCCCAGCGCCUCAGAAAGCCCCGAGGAAAAGAACGCGCUCUAAAACUCCAAAUCUAGAUCCGCAGAUGCAGAAAGCACCACCCACGACAGCUGGUACUACAGAUAGCUCUGCAGAUAAGCCUAAAAGACCAAAGCCUGCGUUACGAACCACACCGAUACCCCCAUUGUCCCCAACACCCGCAAUGCCCCAGAAAGCUUCAAAGAAGAGAGCUGUCAUUGCUCUACCCCGCCCUAAUAGCCUUGAGGCAGACAAGCAGAUGAGGCAGAAAGCACUAUUGAAGACAGCUGCCGAAACUAAAGACAUCUCGGCCAACAAGACGGCGAAAUCUCGCCCAAAGAGUCUGAAACCUGCUUUACCACCCACGCCGAUACCUGCAGGGACCCCAAUACCCGCAGUGCCCGAAAAAGCCCCAUGGAAGAGAGUUGUUGAUACUUUAACACGGCCUAUAAGCCCAAAGCCAGACACUAGCCAAACGCCUGUUUUGCCAACCGCAACGCCGAUUCCUACAAGGACCCCAAUACCCGCAGGGCCCGAGAAAGGCCCAUGGCAGAGAGUUGUUGAUACUCUAACGCGCCCUAAGAGUCCAAAGCCAGAUACUAGCCAAACGCCUGUUUUGCCAACAGCAACGCCGAUUCCUACAGGGACCCCAAUACCCGCAGGGACCCCAAAACCCGCAGUGCCUGAGAAAGGCCCUUGGCAGAGAGUUGUUGAUACUUUAACGCGUCCUAAGAGUCCGAAGCCAGACACUAGCCAAACGCCUGUUUUACCAACCGCGACGCCGAUUCCUGCAGGGACACCCGUACCUCCAAUGCCAGGUGCCGAUGGUAUAAAGAGCCCUGGUGAUCAGAUCCAACCAGGCCAACAAAAGAGAAAACGUAAAAAGAGAACACCAAAGGACGACUGUGUGGGACGAGUAUUCAAUGUGGAUGGUCUGGAUCCAGAAUCUCUGUUCUUCCGCGACGGGAAACGGAAAAUAGACAUUGUGUUAGCGUAUGAAGAAGAUCCAAUGGCCACAUCAGAGAGUGAGAUAAGGAAGAGAGCGUAUAGGAAGACAUUUCAUGAAAACUUAGAAAAAGAAGGUCUAGAAUUGGAAUUAGAAGACAAAUGCUUAUCCUGGGACCAUAAGACUUGGUUCCUCAAAAUCCAUAUACCUCGAAAGACGGAGUUGAAGGUGGCCGAGCUGAUCGGAAUGAAAAUGCCAACGAAACGGUUCAUUACCAUACCUAUUGAAACUUCGGAACAGCUUGAAAAAGAGAAGAAGAACACAGCCUGGUAUUUAAAAUGCUACCACCGAUUGAGGAAAUUGUAUGAGUUCGAGUAUACUGCAGUAACACCGGAACCGUCAUUCUAUGGAGCUGAACAGCGCUGGAGGAGACGGGACGAAAUAUUUAUACUAAAAGACCGGCACACAAACUUCUCAUCAGCACAGAGGAGUCUACUAGUCAUGCAGAUACUAGCAAGAGCCAAAUAUGACAACAACAGCACCAAGAUGGGUAUCAUGCGUUUGCUAAAAGACACAGCCUACAGUGCCUGCUUCCCUCUGCACGAAGGAAGGUAUGAGAGGAACAUGUCUGAUGGAACCGUUACUGAUAGAAGACUAUUGUACCUAGAAUGGGCUCGUCUCCGCAAAUGGUAUAAGCAGCAACCUCUCUGGCUAGUCCGAAGGUACUUCGGUGAUAAGAUCGCCGUCUAUUUCUGCUGGCUUGGCUUCUACACCAGGAUGCUGGUGCCCGCGGCUGUAGUAGGAACCUGCUGCUUCAUAUAUGGGUUGACUAGCAUGGAUUCUGACGAUAAUAUUCCAAGUAAAGAGAUAUGUGACCCUAAUGGGCCAGGCAACUCGACCCUCUGCCCUCUCUGUGAUAAAGCUUGCAAAUACCUGAAGCUAUCAGACUCCUGUCUCUUCGCCAACCUGACCUACCUCUUCGACAACCCUGCAACCGUCUUCUUCGCAGUAUUUAUGUCUUUCUGGGCGACAUCGUUCCUUGAGUUUUGGAAACGAAAACAGUCCGUGUUAAAAUGGGAGUGGGAUUUGAGCGUCGUUGAUCAGGAUGAAUUCCCACGACCAGAAUUCGAGACUGCAGCGAAGACGUUCCGAACUAAUCCCGUGACGAGAGAGCAGGAGCCAUAUUUGUCUACCGGGCAGAAAACAUUCAAGUUCAUUAUCAGCGGCUCGGCUGUGCUAUUCUGUAUCGCAAUUGUUGUGACUACGGUGUUGGGCAUCAUUGUAUAUAGAGUAUCCAUGGUGACCGUGAUCUACGGAGGCUCGGGAUACUUCAUCCAGAGCCACGCCAAGCUCUUCACCACCAUGACCGCUGCCAUCAUUAAUUUAAUCAUCAUCAUGAUUAUGACUAGGAUAUACGGACGAAUAGCACUGUACCUAACAAACAUUGAGAAUCCUCGCACGCAGACUGAGUAUGAAGACUCCUACACAUUCAAGAUAUUCUUCUUUGAUUUUAUCAAUUUCUACGCUUCUCUCAUCUAUAUCGCCUUCUUUAAAGGUCGCUUUUACGACCACCCUGGAGACGAUCAAGCAAGAAGAUCCCAAUUAUUCAAGCUCAAAGGAGAUGUCUGCGAUCCGGCCGGCUGUCUCACAGAGUUGUGCAUACAGCUUGCAAUCAUCAUGAUCGGCAAGCAAUUCUUCAACCACUUCAUCGAGCUUGGUAACCCAAAAGUCUACAACUGGUUGCGUUGGAGGUCUCAUAAAGCCAUGACCAUGGAUCCCAAUAAACCACAUAUGGCUUGGGAGCAAGAUUACCACCUGCAUGAUGCUGGGAGACUGGCACUGUUUGAUGACUAUUUGGAAAUGAUUAUCCAAUACGGCUUCGUAACUCUGUUCGUGGCUGCGUUCCCCCUCGCUCCCCUGUUUGCUCUACUCAACAACAUCGCGGAGAUAAGACUGGACGCUUACAAGAUGGUGACGCUCACUCGCAGACCUUUGGCUCAAAGAGUCGAGGAUAUUGGAGCUUGGUUUGGUGUUUUGAAAGCAGUCACAUAUUUAGCUGUGGUGUCAAAUGCCUUUGUGAUUGCAUACACCAGUGAUUUUAUACCUCGCAUGGUGUAUAUAUUUGUAUAUUCUCCUGAUCACACUUUAUCUGGAUAUAUUUACCAUUGCUUAGCAUGGUUUAAUACAUCGGAUUACAAAGCAGAUUGGGGGGCUGAUGAUUCUGAGCCGGACCCUACAUUUUGUGGGUAUUGGGGCUACAGGAACCCCCCAGACCAUGCUGACCCGUAUGGCUUAUCUCCUCUCUAUUGGCACGUGUUCGCGGCUCGACUGGCAUUUGUCGUCAUUUUUGAGCAUUUGGUUUUCGGGUUAACGGCUGUGGUACGAGUUUUGAUACCUCGAGUGCCAAGAGAGCUGACCACUCAACUGCACAGGGAAGCUGUGGUGAGGAAAGAAGCGAGAUACCAGCAUGGGCAGGGAAGGCUAUCCCCUGAAUACCGCGAUCUACUCAUAACCAAGGUCAAAGCUAGAAUACCUCGCGAGCCAGUACAAAAAGAUGGAUCUUAAUUUGCUCGACCAUCAAGAGUUCUCGAUAUAUGUAGCAGUACCACAAAAAUCCAUAUCACCACUGGUAAUAUGAGAGGAUAUAUUAGUUUGUAUUAUUACUUUUAUGAGACAAACUAAAUUAAUUAUUGUUUUCUGACUUACCGCCAUACCCAGAGUCAUUUAAUGGUUACUUAACCCAGUCCUUAGGAAUUGUUUUCAGAACGAAAUCGUUACUAAGGAAUAGUUUAAGUAAUCUUUUUAUGUCUCUGAGUGCGGCAGUUAGGGUGAUUUUCUACCAGAGAUGUGCUAUGCUACGUUGCUGUGGAUGCGUUUGGCUUCCACCAACCAUAUUAAUUGGUAUAUAUAGCUUGGCACUGGUGGAAACGGACUCAGCUAAGCUAUAUUUUUUAUAUGGAAAGAUGCAUGCUAUGAAUGGUUUCCCUACUAUCGAUACAUCGCAUACUCAGCUAAUUAAUUUGUGGCGGCGCAUCUUCAUAGCACAUCUUCCUCGCACAACUACAUACCUUAGUAUCAGUGGAAACGGUCACACAGUUUCACAGCUUAGCUAUUACAUCUUCGUAGUAUAGUUACAUAGCACAUCUCUGGUGGAAAAGCCUUACUCACGUAGGUGACCAUUUGACGGUGAACUCGGUUAGUUUCAAACCACGUUAGGGGUUCAUAUUCAUGAACAGCAUUCCACGACCUACAAGAAUUAAGUAGGUAUAGUUCGGCCGUUCAGAGAAUGCGUUCCUGACACGUCGCGAUUGAACUGACGACGUAACUUUGUAAUGGCGUUGCAGUUACGAUAAAAAUAUUUUUGCUGGUUGUUUACCGUUUUAACAAUUGAGGAGUAUUAAAACAACAUUAUUAUAUCAAUAAUCAAUGAAUGUUAUAAUUUUGUGCCAAACUGAGUGUCAAAUAACUUGGUAAACAAUAUUUUUCUAAAUCUAUACUGCGCUAUUACAAGGUUAUGUCAGCGCUUUAUAUUUUGUAGUGCU